UCAGUCUCUGUCAGUUUGUCAUUAUGUUCAUGUCUUGUUCUGUAAUCUAUCAUUAUUGUUGAAAAAAGCAAUAGAAUUUUCCGAAAGAUACUUACUUGGUCAAAUCGCAAUAAAUUCGUGUUAAACAAUAAUUCAAAAUGUCUGAUGUGAAAAUUGUAGCGGCUAGUAUAGUGAACUUUUUGAAACAGCAGCUUGAAAACGACGCACUAAGCUUGGAUUCAAGAGAGAGCGUAGAGGUUGGUGUGCAAUGUAUAGAGACCGCGUUUGAAUUGGGACCAGAAGAUACGAGUCGCAGUGUUGAUUUGUUGCAACUGGUAAGACAACAGCGCGGGGGCAGCUCAUCUGCUGACCGCGCUGAGGCCGAGCGACUCAAAAACGAAGGGAAUGAGCUAAUGAAAGCGGAGAAGCACCGGGAGGCUUUAGAGAAGUAUUCACGUGCUAUUGAACUUGACCCGCGCAACUCUGUUUUCUUUUGUAAUCGUGCAGCUGCGCAUUUCAAACUCGGUGAACAUGAAGCGGCAGUCGCCGACUGCACAGCGGCGUUGGCAUUGCAACCAGACUAUGGGAAAGCACACGGCCGGCUGGGUCUUGCUCUUACCGCUCUAGACAGACAUCGUGAGGCGCGAGCAGCGUUUGCACGCGCAUCUCAACUCGAGCCGGACAAUGAAUCAUACAAACAGAAUCUACGUCAUGCGGAUGAGCACCUUGCACAACGCGGCGAGCGUGGCCCACUAGACCUCGGUGGGUUAUUACAGAAUCCGGCGCUAUUGAAUAUGGCAACAGAAAUGCUUGCAGAUCCCAACAUGCAGAAUCUUAUAUCUGGAUUAAUGACUAAUACGACAGCACCCACUGGUGGAGCUAAUGCCGGAGGCAUGAAUGCUCUUUUGGAAGCCGGUCAAGCCCUAGCACAGCAUAUGCAGGCCGCCAACCCUGAUUUGGUAGAACAGUUGCGGAGACAAGUCCGUCCUCCUGGUCCAGGAGGUAAUCCACCACCAUCGCAGUGAAGGCUUGAUACUAACCAUUAUUCUACUCAUAUCUGGAUUGGGAAUUAUAAAUUGACUAUAUGUGACACUUAUUUAUGCCUAAUUUCAAAAGUUCAUUUAUAAUAAGUGGCACUUGAAUUAAAGAUUUUGAAAUUCUCAAUUAAGUAAUGAGUAUUAUUUGUAAGUCAUUAUUCAACAGUUAUUAGUCAACAGACAUUUCAAGGUCUUGUUUUCUCAGCCACAAUCCUAUGUAACGUAGGGGACCUUACACUGCAAGGUCUAUAUGAAAUUAUAUAAUAAUUAUCACUCCUGCUUAUUUUAAUAUAUAAUUCUUAUUUCAAAUAUUAUUACAUGUACAGUUAACUACAGAAGUAUGUAUUUCCUUUACAACUGCUUCAUAAAACUUAUUAUUUGAAAUAUAGCAUAGAGCAUAUUUUUGUACCCAACUGUGGAUGGAGUAACAAUUGAAUAUUUAAAAUAGUUAUUUAUGUCGUAAGAAAUUCCUUGAAUUUGAUGCAAAUAUCUAUUGAGGUAUUUUUUAUAUUAUACAUUUCAAUAAAUGUUUAUUUUAGUUGUGUAAUGAAUUUACAUAUGGGAAGGUUCAGACGCAUUUAUAUAACAUUUCUGAAGGUACCAUAAUGCAGCAAUAUCUUAAUUACAUGUCAGUUUUCAAAAACAAACUAAUUUAAUUCUCAAAACUUAUUAGUUGGUUAGUAUAUUAUAUAAUUAUCAACUAUGUUACAGUACAUUUAUACACACUGCAGUACAGAUAAUAUCAUUUUAAUAAAUAUGUUUAUUUAAACGAUAUAUCUUAAUGAUAAUUUAGUGUCUCUUGCUAUCAAUUAUACGGCAAGUUGAACAACAUGGACAUCAAAAUUGACUAUGAAACAUCUAUUUCCUUCAUUUUGCUUUAUAAGAGUCAGUUAUAGAUUUAUAUGUUAUUACUGAUUCACUUUCAACCACUUCCUUAAUGUCUUUUUAUGAAAUACUUAAUUACAUUUCAAUUAUGGUUGAAAAUUUAGAAAUUGCCUUUUAUGGUACAAACUCUCUUAAUGACAGUAUGAUCACUUUCAUGAAAAUCAUUAGUUAGGCUAAAUUUAAAUAAUAUGGAGUAAAACAAUGAUAAUGUGACACUGUGUUCAGGUUAUUGUAAAACAAAUAUAUAUACCAAAAUAGUGUUAAAUUAGAGGGAAGCUUUAGGUUUUCUCUAUUUAACUGGAGAUAUUUCUAGAUAAGAUUUGAAUUAUUGGUUUUGUUAAUAAAUUUAUUUCGACAAAUUAUAA